CCCAUAGAAGAAGACGAAGAAUCUCUCACUUCCUGUUCCGCUGCACACGUGUGUUUGUGUUGCACGAACCUCAGGAACCUUGUCCAGAACCAGAACCAGAACCAGUUGCAGAACCAUGCUGCAGGAUCUGGGUCUCAUCGGGACCCUCCGGGACGAGGACCUGAGCCCCGAGGAGCCCGACACCGAGCCCGAGGAGGAGGAUGAGCCGAUCAUCCUCAACAGGAAGAAGAAGUUGGGAACUCGAGGUGUGAAGGACUUCAACACAAACUUUGAGUUUGGAGAGAGAGACAUUCUGACUGACGACAGCUGGGUGAUGGCCGACAUCCUGAAGCAGAUCAAGAACAAGAGAACCGCGACGACUCUGGACCAGAAAAUAGACAAGAUCAGGAAGAAGAGGAAAGCUGAGGAGAAAGUGGCUGACGGUGACGCUGCUGAAGGUUCUGCAGAGAAGAACCAGGAGGAGAACGCAGAUGAGGAGGAGGAGGAGGAGGAAGAUGUGAAGCCUGCUGCCGGAGAGGAGGAUGAAGAUGUAGCGGAUGAUGAGGAUGAGUUUGAUUCAAGCGAUGAGAUGAUUCUGACCAAAUCAGACACCCUGAGAGACAAAGAGCGCCGGGGGAGGAAGAGGAAGAUGGAGGAGGAGGCGGCGCCACAGUCGUACUCUGAAGACGCCUCGAAGUUCGACGAUUCGCUGACCUUCGAAGACAUGAACCUGUCCCGACCAAUCCUGAAGGCCAUCACUGCUUUGGGAUUCAAACUACCCACCCCCAUCCAGCAGGCCUGCGUCCCGGUGGGUCUGCUGGGGCGAGACCUGUGUGCCUGCGCUGCUACUGGGACAGGAAAGACGGCGGCCUUCGUCCUGCCCGUGUUGGAGCGCCUGAUCUAUAAGCCCAGGACGUCCCAGGUGACCCGGGUCCUGAUUCUGGUUCCCACCAGAGAGCUGGGGAUCCAGGUCCACUCUGUGGCCCGGCAGCUGGCCCAGUUCAGCUCCAUCACCACCUGCCUGGCCGUCGGUGGGCUGGACCUGAAGUCUCAGGAGGCGGCUCUGAGGGCGGGGCCAGAUAUUCUGAUCGCUACACCUGGACGUCUGAUCGACCAUCUGCACAACACGCCCACCUUUGAGCUGAGUCACAUCGAGAUCCUGAUCCUGGACGAGGCCGACAGAAUGCUGGAUGAGUACUUCGAGGAGCAGAUGAAGGAAAUCAUCCGACUGUGUGCCCACAACCGACAGACCAUGUUGUUCUCCGCCACCAUGACCGAGGAGGUGAAAGAGCUGGCGGCGGUCUCGCUGAAUAAGCCAAUCAGGAUCUUCGUUAACAGCAACACUGACGUCGCUCCGUUUCUGAGACAAGAGUUCGUCCGAAUCCGACAAAACAGAGAAGGAGACCGAGAGGCUGUGGUGGCUGCCCUGCUCACGCGCACCUUCCAGGACCACGUGAUGUGCUUCACUCAGACCAGGAAGCAGGCGCACAGACUGCACAUCCUGCUGGGCCUGAUGGGCCUGAAGGUGGGAGAACUGCACGGAGAACUGAGCCAGAACCAGAGGCUGGAGAACCUCAGGCGGUUUAAAGACGAUCAGAUUGAUAUCUUGGUGGCGACAGACGUGGCAGCUCGAGGUCUGGAUAUCGAUGGAGUGAAAACGGUGAUAAACUUCACCAUGCCGUCCACACCGAAGCACUACGUCCAUCGGGUGGGUCGCACAGCCAGAGCCGGGAAGUCCGGACGCUCCGUGUCUCUGGUGGGAGAAUCUGAGAGGAGGAUCCUCAAGGAGGUCGUCAAAUCAGCCAAGAACAGCGUGAAGGCCAGAGUCCUGCCACCAG